AUGGCUUCCGGUUGCAACCAGAACAGCAACGCUACACCACAUUACUUACAAAUCUUCAAUCCCCCUCUUGAACCAUGCGGCGACUUUCACCUGUUUGCACGCUUCCCUGAUGAUAUUCGCUGGCUUGUUUGGCAGCAUUUCCUAACUCACGAGCGAUGGAUCGACAUCACCUUGAAACCGGGCAGUUUCACUAGCGAACAAAGGGAACAAACAAACCAUCAGAACUACGAGAUCAUAUUGAACUACCGCUGGAAGAUAAGCAAGCUCUUCCGGACCACGUCUGAGUCACGCAGGGCUGCUUUGGCUUUUUACCGUGUUCAACUACCAUGUUGGUACCAGAGAAAAGAUAAGAGCAUGGUGAACAGCACGCUCUAUGUUUGUCCUGAAUUGGACACCUUGAUGCUUAACUGCUUGGAGGUCUUUGAAAACUUUGCACAUGACAUCUGGGCUUGUGAUUCACGAUGUGUCGGUCUGGUCAACCUCGCCUUGCCCGUCAGAGGUCAAACGCAAGACUUCAAUACUCCAAGCAUCACUGGGCGUGACACGUCCCGGUUGAAGGAAACGUUGUUGAGAAUUGAGCGCUUUACAGUAAUGAACACCUUUGCCAUCCGUCGGUGGUUCGGCGGCUUUGCAAAGCGCUCAACUGUUCCGGUUUUCAAGAUGAAUCGUGCUGUGCCUAUCAUGGGACACUCGUUUGGCUUUCAUCGAUUAUCACGCGAUCCUCGAUUGAAUGAGGAAAAUUUUAAGCAAAUUUACCUUGGAAACAGAGAUCCUGUAAGACGGUUCCAUCGCUGGUUCAGACUCCUUCUGUCAGUAGGGGUGAAGCACAAUCACGAGGUUGAGUAUCGCUUUGGGAGCUGCCUUCGUUUAUCUUCACCACUCAUCACUGACCGAGCGAGCGCCAUGGACUAUGUGAAAAAGUCCCACGAGAAAUUUAUAACACGGAUGGUAUCAGAAACAGACGAGCCCCUGGAUGACAUCGCCGAGGAAACUGUCGAGCAUCUUCAGGAAACACCGCAGCCAGCCAUAGGGUUCUGGCUGUUUCCUCUCAGGAUAUUCAAUCGCCUACCUCUUGCUGACCCGUCUCGUGAGUACCCGAUAGAGCAUGACGAAGAAGGUGGUACUCCUAUCAAGGUAUCAUCGGCGUUGGAGUAUGGGGCCGAGCUGUGCUUGGCUAAUAUCUACUAG